CGUCUGCCUCUCAUAGAAGGCAUUUUAAAAAGGUAGGAUUCGGGACAGGCGCCACCUGGGGCAAUGGUGAAUUUUCUUUUCACUUUUUAGGGAUUUUUUUUUGUUUUUGUUUUUGAAGUGGGGGAGGAUGUCACCACAACGUUACUGAGCAAGAUGGUUUGAGAAAGAAAGAAAAAGAUGGAGAGAGAGGAGACCGAAGUAGACUCACCGCCUUCCUGGUCACCUGUGGGGAGAGAGAGGCUCUCCGCUUGCGCCAACCUCUCAGAAUACGCAGGGAAGAAAAGGAAACAGGACACCAACACCGAGGCAGAGGCUGCAGCCAGAGCCGCAGAGGGCAAGGAUGAAGACGGUACCAAUACCAGCCUUGAAGCAAACAAAGAUGCAGAGGAACCCAGUAACAAGAGGGUGAAGCCGGUUGGAAAGGGGGCUGGAAUCUCUGGAUUCAUGGGCCCAGUCAAAACUCCUGCCCUUAAGCGCCUUGGACAAUCCAUUCAGCGGUCCAUCAGCUUCCGGACGGAGGCCCAGCCCCUGCCCAUGGCCCCGAUCAGGACGCGGCAGAAGGCCAGCUCCUUCCCCAAACGGCGCAACAGCCAACUGUGGAGCGACACAGUGGACAGCCUGAGCCAGGAGAUGAGCGCCAAGGAGAUCAAGAGGCAGGAGGUAAUAUACGAGCUCACGCAAGGGGAGAAGCAGCUCAUUGAAGACCUCAACUUGGUCAAAAAGGUUUACUAUGAGCCCAUGCUCAAAUUGGACAUCAUGACAGAGAGUGAGCUGGGGCAGAUUUUCGGGACCCUGGACUCUUUAAUACCUCUGCAUGAAGACUUCCUGACCCGCCUUGAAAACCUGAGAGGGGCAGAGAAGACGGUGGAGGAGGUGGGGCCUACGCUGUUGGAGUGGUUCCCCUGCCUGGAGGCCUACAUCACUUACUGCUGCAACCAGGUGGGCGCCAAGGCCCUGCUGGACCAGAAGAAGCAGGACCGGCGCGUGGAUCAGUUCCUGCGGCUGUGCCAGGAGUCAUCCUUCAGCCGGAAGCUGGACCUGUGGAACUUCCUGGACCUGCCGCGCAGCCGCCUGGUCAAGUACCCGCUCCUGCUGAGGGAGAUCGAGAAGAGCACGCCGCCCGAGCACCCCGACCACGACACGCUGCCAGAGGCUCUGGAGCUGAUCCAGAGGAUCGUCUCGGAGGUGAACAGUAAGACCGGGGAGGCGGAGUGCCAGUUCUACAGGCGGGGGCUGUGCUACCUGGAGGAAGGGCAGAGGCUGCCAGAAAUCCAGCGGUCCCGAUUCCUCUACUGCCACGGCGAGCUCAAGAACAACAAGGGGCAGAAGCUGCACGUCUUCCUUUUCGAGCUGGCGCUGGUUCUGACGCGGCCCAUCACCCAGGACAGGGACAGCCCCGUCCAGUUCCAGGUGUAUCGCCAGCCCCUCCCUGCCGCCCACCUGCUGCUGGAGGACCUGCCGGAUGGGGAGGGGGGCGGAGGGGGUUCCUUCCGAGGAGCCUUCAUCAGCGGAAACGACAAAGCCAAGAAUUGUUUCCGGGUGAGCAGCACAGGCCGGGCCAAAGCCCACUCCCAUAGCCUGCAGGCCAACGACUCCUUCAACAAGCAGCAGUGGAUUUCCUGUCUCCGUCAGGCCAUGGUCCAAUCACGAGACAGGGAGUUUCAGGCCAGCCAAUCAAGGCCGACCAGACAAAUGUCUCCUGACCCCGCCCUCUACCACAUCGCUGAACUGAAUCUGAACUCGGAUGCAGAAAUGGUGGAUGCAUAGGAGUCAUUGAUCGCACUGUGACUUUUAGGUCACUGUGAUUCAGCAGGACGUUUUUCUUCUUCAAUAAUGGCUGCAUCCCAUCUCCACAAUAUGUUUUCAUCUCCCCCAUUCUUUUACCCGCUUGACCCCAAGCCAAGCUAAUCUCCCACAGCACGUUUCAAUUUACUUUCAGAAUUGGGACGAAUCAGUCGAGUACUGUAACAGCUUUGAUACACAAGUUCAGUUUCGUUCGUUCGUUUGUUUGUUUGGAUUUAAUAAGGACUCCAACCCCUG